GGCGGCCGAGUCAAGUUCCGGUUCCGGUUGCUGCCGCCGGCGGCGAGCGGUGAAUCUGGAGCCAGCGCGCAGUUUGCGAUCCGGGACGGCGCUUUUCCCUGGGCGCGUGUUUGGCUUGCUGCAGCUCGGGGGCCUGUGCUGCCCCUGAGCCCCCUUCCGGGCGAUGGUGCAGCCUGAGGGCGCCUCCGCCCCCCUCCGCCGCUGACCCCAGUCCCCCACUCCAUGGCCGCCUCGGCGCCGCCCCCACCGGACAAGCUGGAGGGAGGUGGCGGCCCCGCACCGCCCCCUGCGCCGCCCAGCACCGGGAGGAAGCAGGGCAAGGCCGGUCUGCAAAUGAAGAGCCCAGAAAAGAAGCGAAGAAAAUCAAAUACUCAGGGUCCUGCUUACUCACAUCUGACGGAGUUUGCACCACCCCCAACUCCCAUGGUGGAUCAUCUGGUUGCAUCCAACCCUUUUGAGGAUGAUUUUGGAGCCCCUAAGGUGGGGGGUGCUGCCCCUCCAUUCCUUGGCAGUCCUGUGCCCUUUGGAGGUUUCCGUGUACAAGGGGCUAUGGCAGGCCAGGUACCCCCAGGCUACGGCACUGGGGGUGGAGGGGGUCCCCAGACACUUCGCCGACAGCCCCCCCCUUUCCCUCCUAAUCCUAUGGGACCUGCUUUCAACAUGCCCCCCCAGGGCCCUGGCUACCCACCUCCAGGCAACAUGAACUUUCCCAGUCAACCCUUCAACCAGCCUCUGGGUCAAAACUUUAGCCCUCCAGGUGGGCAGAUGAUGCCAGGCCCAGUGGGGGGAUUUGGCCCCAUGAUCUCACCCACCAUAGGACAGCCUCCCAGAGGGGAGCUGGGCCCUCCUUCUCUCCCCCAGCGCUUUGCCCAGCCAGGUGUGCCUUUUGGCCCUUCUCCUUUACAGAGACCUGGUCAGGGGCUCCCCAGCCUGCCCCCCAACACGAGUCCCUUCCCUGGUCCAGACCCUGGCUUUCCUGGCCCUGGUGGUGAGGAUGGGGGGAAGCCCUUGAAUCCACCUGCUCCCACUGCUUUUCCCCAGGAGCCCCACUCAGGCUCCCCAGCUGCUGCUGUUAAUGGGAAUCAGCCCAGUUUCCCCCCAAACAGCAGUGGACGGGGUGGGGGCACUCCAGAUGCCAACAACCUAGCACCCCCUGGCAAGGCAGGUGGGGGUUCAGGGCCCCAGCCUCCCCCAGGCCUGGUGUAUCCAUGUGGUGCCUGUCGGAGUGAGGUGAAUGACGACCAGGAUGCUAUCUUGUGUGAGGCCUCCUGCCAGAAGUGGUUCCACCGUGAGUGCACAGGCAUGACUGAGAGCGCCUAUGGGCUGCUGACCACUGAGGCCUCUGCUGUCUGGGCCUGUGAUCUCUGCCUCAAGACCAAGGAGAUCCAGUCUGUCUACAUCCGCGAGGGCAUGGGACAACUGGUGGCUGCUAACGAUGGGUGACACUGGUGAGGUGGUCCUGGGGAAGUGCACAUGUCCCUGCUCCUCCAGGGUGAUUGUCUGGCUCCUGGUCCUCGUUUCCACUGGUUCCCCAUCCCCACGGAACAGAAACAUGAUGGUUCCUAGGGGGCAGAACAGGAACAGAGGUGGGCAAGGCAGAAGAGCCUGGGAUGCCCACUUUUCUGGAAACAACGCAUCAAGAUCUACAGAGAUCCAGGAAACCAAAGCCCUGCUGAGCAGAGCCAACUUUUUUGUGACUGUCGGGAGGCCUAGGUGUAAGACUGCAGGAGAAAAGGGGACAGAGGAAGUUCAGGAGGGCAAGAGUGUCCUGUCUGCCUAUGAUGGCUAUCCCUAACACCUGUGCCUAACACCCCUGUCUAGCCCCACAGCUCUAGCUUUGGGUUUUGAAGUGAAUUGUUGAAAGUUUCUGGCUAGAGGAGCUGGGUCUCUUCCCAUCUCUGCAACAGCCAUUUCAUGGACUCUGGGAGACAGCAUUAGGGCAUAAAUGGGGAUCCUUCCUUUUUUCUACCCUGCCCUUUGCCUUCCCCAGACCUGUCCAACUCCUCCUCCCUCAGAGCACCAAAUAGCUUGAAGAAUCGAGUUCCCAGCUAUGGCAGUUUUCUUGGUGACUUGAAGCUUCAAGACAGUAGGUAAGAGAUGCUGUCAGGACAUAGCUUCCUCAUACCAAAGUCACUGGUCUCAGCUUCUCAUGCUUUUCUGUUAAUAAUCAUAUUUUUGCCAAAAAUUGGGACGUGGUCUGACAGACCAGAAUAUUUGAAGUUUGGGCUGUCCUGGAGGUCUGGACUCUGUUGGUAUCCCCGGCCUUACAUCUGUCGCACAUUAAACUCAGUGCUAUUCUUCAGCUUUUGGCACCCUUAUAUCGCUGCCUCCCUGGCUUGAUUGAAGGAAAGCUUGGAAAGGCACAAAGGCCUUAUACCUCAUUUCUUCCGGGAUAAAAGGAUCCACGCGAGGCCCUAUCAUGACCUUGUGUGUAGGAGGAGUCUGCAGGAUUCUCAAUGUCAUGGUACGAAAAGGAAGAAGAGCCUGGAGCUUUUCGCUUCUCUCUUUCUUGGCCAUUUGGUAUCAUCUUGGGCCAGGUGAUCAGCAGUUCUCAUUCCUCUCAGCCAAAGUCCUGAACUGGGCUGUUCUUAUUUUUUUAAAGCACUGCCUGCCAGCAAUGAGCCUGGGGCCUGAUCAGGAGCCCCUCUCAGCUGUUCUUUGUUCCUUACAGCUCCUGUGUGCAUUCCUCAAAGGGGUGGGGAAGGGAGGCCUGGGGUGUGGCCCUCCUGAGAAAAGUCUGUGGUGGCUCUGACCCACCACCUACAGAGUGUGGCGGCAAAGUCUACUCUCUGCAGUCCCCUACGCCCACUUCUCUCUGUUCCCUGCACUUGGAGAGAAGACACUGCCCGGUGGCGCCCACAGCCUUUGCAGCUAUGAGGAAGAGGAGGGUGGGUCUCCGGGCUUCUCUAACCUGGUGUUCCCCACACCAAAACAGUGGAGGUGGCACCCCCCACCUCCAACUUUGUGUUGUGUUUGUGGUUCUGUUUGCUCCUCUUCCCAGUUGCUACUUUUGUAUUGUCUCCCUUUCCACAGUUGUAAACCACUCCUGGGGAGUGUCUGUCACAGCUCCUUGCCACUACUUUUUGGAAGAAAAGUGGAGUGGCAGAGAUGUGGUCGUGGGGUCUUUUGUACGGUUGAGUUAAUAAAAUGACUUAAAAAUCCAGGCAAGGACUCCUUG